UGACCCGCGCCCAUGGCCGCGCGCACCCGGCACAGUNCCCAGGACUCCGCACCCCGCGCCACCGCCCAGCUCGCAGUUCCGCGCCACCGCGGCCAUUCUCACCUGGCGGCGCCGCCCGCCCACCGCCCGGACCACAGCCCCCGCGCCGCCGACAGCCACAGUGGCCGCGACAACGGUGGGGGACACUGCUGAGUCCAAGAGCGUGCAGCCUGGCCAUCGGACCUACUUAUCUGCCUUGCUNAUUGUCUAUUUUUAUAAGAGUUUACAACUUUUCUAAGAAUUUUUGUAUACAAAGANACUUUUUUAAAGACAUCGCCGGUUUAUAUUGAAUCCAAAGAAGAAGGAUCUCGGGCAAUUUGGGGUUUUUGGUUUGGGGUUUUGUUUCUAAAGUUUUUAAUCUUCGUUGACUUUGGGGCUCGGGUACCCCNCUCUCUUCUUCGGACUCCGGAGGACCUUCUGGGCCCCCACAUUAAUGAGGCAGCCACCUGGCGAGUCUGACAUGGCUGUCAGCGACGCUCUGCUCCCGUCCUUCUCCACGUUCGCGUCCGGCCCGGCGGGAAGGGAGAAGACACUGCGUCCAGCAGGUGCCCCGACUAACCGUUGGCGUGAGGAACUCUCUCACAUGAAGCGACUUCCCCCACUUCCCGGCCGCCCCUACGACCUGGCGGCGACGGUGGCCACAGACCUGGAGAGUGGCGGAGCUGGUGCAGCUUGCAGCAGUAACAACCCGGCCCUCCUAACCCGGAGGGAGACCGAGGAGUUCAACGAUCUCCUGGACCUAGACUUUAUCCUUUCCAACUCGCUAACUCACCAGGAAUCGGUGGCCNCCACCGUGACCACCUCGGCGUCAGCUUCAUCCUCGUCUUCCCCAGCGAGCAGCGGCCCUGCCAGCGCGCCCUCCACCUGCAGCUUCAGCUAUCCGAUCCGGGCCGGGGGUGACCCGGGCGUGGCUGCCAGCAACACAGGUGGAGGGCUCCUCUACAGCCGAGAAUCUGCGCCACCUCCCACGGCCCCCUUCAACCUGGCGGACAUCAAUGACGUGAGCCCCUCGGGCGGCUUCGUAGCUGAGCUCCUGCGGCCGGAGUUGGACCCAGUAUACAUUCCGCCACAGCAGCCUCAGCCGCCAGGUGGCGGGCUGAUGGGCAAGUUUGUGCUGAAGGCGUCUCUGACCACCCCUGGCAGCGAGUACAGCAGCCCUUCGGUCAUCAGUGUUAGCAAAGGAAGCCCAGACGGCANCCACCCUGUGGUAGUGGCGCCCUACAGCGGUGGCCCGCCGCGCAUGUGCCCCAAGAUUAAGCAAGAGGCGGUCCCGUCCUGCACGGUCAGCCGGUCCCUAGAGGCCCAUUUGAGCGCUGGACCCCAGCUCAGCAAUGGCCACCGGCCCAACAGGCCCCUGGGGCGGCAGCUCCCCACCAGGACUACCCCUACACUGAGUCCCGAGGAACUGCUGAACAGCAGAGACUGUCACCCCGGCCUGCCUCUUCCCCCAGGAUUCCAUCCCCAUCCGGGGCCCAACUACCCUCCUUUCCUGCCAGACCAGAUGCCUUCGCAAGUCCCCUCUCUCCAUUAUCAAGAGCUCAUGCCACCGGGUUCCUGCCUGCCAGAGGAGCCCAAGCCAAAGAGGGGAAGAAGGUCGUGGCCCCGGAAAAGAACAGCCACCCACACUUGUGACUAUGCAGGCUGUGGCAAAACCUAUACGAAGAGUUCUCAUCUCAAGGCACACCUGCGAACUCACACAGGCGAGAAACCUUACCACUGUGACUGGGACGGCUGUGGGUGGAAAUUCCUUCUCAGCCUGCAGUAG